UAUGGCCACGUGUUGAGUGAAGUGUUUACGCGGACGAGGCGUACGGUGUUCGGCCGUGUAGCAGCGAACGGCGACGCGAUCGCGAUCGGCCGACUCACCCGUCGUGAUUCAUGCGACGGGAAAGCACGCCACGUGUUCAACGAUGCGCGCCUAGUGCCGACCGAGCGUUCGUUCGUUGGGCGCGCUAUUCGCGGCAAGCAUGGCGGGUGCGGCGGACGAGCCCAUCACCAGGUGCACCUACGGCUGUCAAGACACCUGCAAUGUCACCAACAAUGUCGGGGACCGUCGCGACGGCGCCGGGAAUCCUUCCGUGCAGAGCUACCGGCCGCACGGCAGCCUCGCCAGGGUGUUGUACGACAAGCGAAAGGCUGACGAGUGGCUGGCGGCCUACGACAAGCGCAGGUGGUACAAAGUGGACAAGAAAAAGAUCAGAGAGGACUUGCUCGACCUGUGGAUCCCGCUCGGCGGUGGCCCCAACGCCGACCAGCCCGACAAAGCCGCCGAAAUUUUCCUCGUGAGAUCCGCCGAGAGAUCCGACUCGUUGCCGCUGCAGGCAUGGCACUCGUUAGCCAGGUCGGCGUUAUCCUGGUUCAUCAGUCGAACAUCCAUAAACGGGCUGCUGGGCCGCGGCUCCAUGCACGUGUUCUCCAGCGAGCAAUUCCAAAAGCUAAUGGACGCGAGCGGCUUCACGGGCCCUUGGCAUUCCUUGGUGGACCUCGGGGCAGGCGACGGUGCAACCACCGCCCACGUGGCGCAUCUCUUCGAGAAGGUAUACGCCACGGAUAUCUCACCCCCCAUGAGAUGGGUUCUAGCGAGGAGGAAGUUUACGGUGCUGGACGUAGAGAGGUGGCACCAGGAAGCCGGUCCCUUCAACGUCAUCCUCUGCUUGAACCUUCUCGACCGCUGCGACCGGCCGAACACCUUGCUGAGUCUGCUGAGGACCUCGUUGGCGCCCGGUGGUAGACUGGUGGUCGCCUUGGUGUUGCCGUUCAGCCCGUACGUCGAAGUCGGCGAGAGGGGCAACCACAAGCCCUCGGAGUACCUACCGGUGCGGGGGAGCGGUCUCGAGGCGCAGAUAGUCGGACUGAUCGACCGGGUCUUCACUCCCGUGGGUCUGCGGUGCCUCGCCUGGAGCAAACUGCCGUACCUCUGCGAGGGUGAUCUGGGCCAGGCGUAUUACUUCCUGGACGACGUAAUAUUCGUGCUGGAGGCGCAGCCGGUCACCUACGAAUUCGUCACGGUGGACGACGGAGUUUCGUUGAGGAGAGACUUUUAAGGGCAUAAAGGGAGCGAGGAAUUGAUACGAGAAAACGCUUAAGACUGCCGUUUCUCCUCGCCGCGGUGACCUUGAGUUAUGACGUCAAAAGCGAAAUGUACUUUGGAGAUUCUUACGGGUUUCGUUAAAAUAAAAAAAAGCGUUCGCGGAAUGACACUCGAUAUCGGUCGAGCGGAUCUGUAAAACAGUCCGAGCGCUUUCCUUUCGCCCCAACAAUCGAUUAAAAUUAACGUGACAGAAUUAUGAGGGAACAUAGAUUGCAUGUCACUUCAAUCGUUUCACGUAAAAAAGAAGAAGAAAGAAUAGAGGGAAAGAAACGCAAACGCUACUGCCGUUUGUUUCUCGUUGUCGUUGUAUGACCGACGACAAUCGAUUGUUGGAGCGAAAGAAAGUCUUCGGGCAAUGGUAAAUAAGAAGGUACCCAUCAAAUGCCACUUGCGAUCGAUCAAGAAGAUCUAUAAGAUAUAUACAAAAAUGAUCUAUUAGAAAUAUGUAAAAAUUAUCUAUGAGAUAUUACGGAUCUCUUCUUGACCCGUUGGCAAGUCACAUUUUGUGGACGUCGAAAGCGUACGUCGAAAGAACUUUUAACGAAUUUUCUGCAAGAAUUAGAAACUACUUUCUAACACCUUUCUGACGUCAUCAUUCACAAGUCCCGCGGCGAAGGCGAGGGUCUCAACCCUUAGACUGCGGGCCGCUUGGACGCAAGAUCGCUGUUUGUGAUGCAAAACUAACGCAGUCGUCGCGAGACGCCUCACUUCCGCGCAUUGCAAUGUUUGUUUUCCAUUGUUGAACUGGCUGCACCAUCUUGGUUCUCUGCUGCCUCUUUCUUCCGGCAAGUCCCACUUGCAUAUCUGUCUCUUCUUGACCUCCGUAAGUGCGCGCUGGUUCAGCAAUAGAAGAGAAAAGCUUAAUAUUAAUGAAGCGCGAGGACGCCUUUAGGCACCGUUGGUGUCGCACUCUGAGGGUUAAGAGGGAGAGAGCGAGAAAAGUGACACGGGUCUCUCACACUUGUAAAAACUUUAAUAAUUGCUGUCAUGAGUUAGAAUUAUGCGAGAAUACAGAAGAGCAAUACUGACAAGCGACGACGAGCUUAAAAUGUGCAGACACAGCGGUUAGCGUUUGGUGUACGAAUAUCAUUAAGCGAUCCGUGUUAAAAAAGAAACCGGAUCGACGACGGUGCGCAUUUUACAUCGUUUAUCAUUCUUACUGUCGAAUUCGGUGCGGAAACGUGUACACGGUCUAUGGUAUAGAUAUGGCGCGAGAGUAACGAGAUCCGGAAACGAAAUCCGUAGUUAUUUCCCUUCCAUGCCUUUCGUUCGCGCGUCCGACUGCGUUCGAGAACAUCCACCUACGGCCAGAUCUCUUUCCGCCGAUUGUUUCAAUUAAUUAAUAAUUCGUUAAUUAAUACCGAUGCAGGAGGCGGAUGUAGCACAAACUGUGAUGUGUUCGAAGGAAAAGUGUCAGAGUGAGGCACAAUGUAACAAUGUUACGUUAGUCGCAGCAACUGCUAAUCCUGCCGAAGUAGAGUCGGGCUUUAGAGCUGAGGAGAACGAGUCCUUUUGGGCUUUCCGAGCGCUUAAUCCAGUAUCUAUCCUGCGGUCUAUCCGUGAUCGCGGGUCACGUACAACGUAAAGCUACGGCUGUGAUGAAAUGCGUCGUGCGUCGAAAUGCGUAGUAGUAGAACGAAGAUUAAAGAGCAGCCGAGUAUCCGUGGUGCUGCGACUUUCGCCCUUGAGGAAACCAGCGCACAGACUCUCUGCCUGCCGUCGGGUUGCUCCGGCCAAUCGCACAAGAAACGUUCUCGUCGCUGAGCGGGGAAUUAGCUCAACCUUGUGAUCUCGAACGCAGCCAUUCAAGUUUUUCACGCGACUCGGCGAGAUUCUUUACUUUGUACGUCGGACCAAUCCUCCCCUCUCGCAAUCAGUCAGAUUCUGUUUCCGCGCUCCCCUUUUUCCCCAUUUGGCAUAAUUGCGGUGACUUAGUCAUGGAUAUGCUUAGUUGUGCCGCCGGUCACACGCGACCGGCGACGAGAGACAAACGGCGGUACGUUUCUUCUCUCCUUUCUUUCUUUUCUUCUUUUUUUACAUAAUAACUACUAUAAGAAAUAAGUCCAUCUAGUUAUUGGAAAUACACUUUGGUGUGCAACAAGUUAUCGUCGAAUUACGAACCAUAUUGCAGCAGCGCAGCAGCAGCCUCUUUGUCAAUGUAUAUGUAUAUGUCAACGGAAAGAAAAACGCAGUCUUGUAGAAGCCGGAUCUGCGUGCGUUUAUGGGGAGGGGAAAAAAAAAAAAAAAACGAGAGACCACUAUCCACUCGUAAGGGACGAAAAUAAAGAACCACUGUCGACAAUGAA